AUGGCGAAGAAACAUCGUGUGAAGCGCCAGAAACAAGUCGAGUAUUUACUACGUUUAGAAAGGGAACGGGAUGAGUACUUAGCAAAGCGCAAGAGGGCAAAACGCGAUCGCCGGGAGCGAAAUGAGGGAGAACUCUUCGGCGAGGCACUUGAUAACCUCGCUGGAGGUGAUGUGAAGCGGGAGCGUAAAGAAGUGGGCAUUUCAGCGUCUGAAGGUAAACGGGCCGAGGAAUCCACCAAAACCGUCAGCACUGACUCGAACACGAAGUUGGGGUCCAGGCCAGAUGCAGCUUCAGUUGAGCAAAGCAAGGUCAAACAUUUGAGGAAGAAGUACUGA